AUGAACUUGAACUGUUUUGAUAGCUCUGAAACGACGUGUAUCAAAGGAGAAUAUUCAAAAAAGCAUUCGUUAAAGCACGAGGACCUCUUUGUUUCUCAGUAUUGUGAAGAUCAGUAUAGCAGUAAAAGCGAGCUUGAGGAACGCCUUCUGGAGCAUUCAGAAGACAAACUGCAUACUUGUGAAGUUUGCAAAAGUAGCUUCCGGCAAAAACGUUCACUUAAAAGACAUAUGAUUGUUCAUAUGAGAGAAAGGCCUUUCGCAUGCAAUCUGUGUGAAGCCAGGUUCUCGCGGAAAGAAGUUCUUGAUUCACAUUUCAUUACACAUAGAGAAGAUAGGACUUUUCCUUGUGGUAUGUGCGAGAAGACGUUCAAACACAAUGUGAGCUUGAGGAGGCAUUUUUUGAGUCACGAAGAGGAGAAGCCUGAAUGUGAAAUUUGCGGGAAAAUCUACAGCGACAGAAGCAACUAUAAAAAACACCUUACUAUCCAUACUGGUGAAAAGCCUUACUCUUGCGAACAUUGCGAGAAGACCUUCAGGUCAAAGAAAUACUUGCUUCAGCAUCUGGCCACACAUUCUGACGCGAAGCCCUAUGCCUGCGAGAUUUGCAACAAGACAUUUGGGCAAAAACGGCUACUGAAGGCUCACCAAUUGAGGCAUGCUGGAGAAAAGCCUUACUCUUGCAAACAUUGCGAGAAGACCCUCAGGUCAAAGAAAUACUUGCUUCAGCAUCUGACCACACAUUCUGACCUGAAGCCCUAUGCCUGCGAGAUUUGCAACAAGACAUUUGGGCAAAAACGGGGACUGAAGGCUCACCAGUUGAGGCAUGCUGGAGAAAAGCCUUACUCUUGCGAACAUUGCGAGAAGACCCUCAAGUCAAAGAAAUACUUGCUUCAGCAUCUGGCUACACAUUCUGACGCAAAGCCCUAUGCCUGCGAGAUUUGCAACAAGACAUUUGGGCAAAAACGGGGACUGAAGGCUCACCAGUUGAGGCAUGCUGGAGAAAAGCCUUACUCUUGCGAACAUUGCGAGAAGACCCUCAAGUCAAAGAAAUACUUGCUUCAGCAUCUGGCCACACAUUCUGACGCGAAGCCCUAUGCCUGCGAGAUUUGCAACAAGACAUUUGGGCAAAAACGGGGACUGAAGGCUCACCAGUUGAGGCAUGCUGGAGAAAAGCCUUUUGCUUGCGAACAUUGCGAGAAGACCCUCAAGUCAAAGAAAUACUUGCUUCAGCAUCUGGCCACACAUUCUGACGCGAAGCCCUAUGCCUGCGAGAUUUGCAACAAGACAUUUGGGCAAAAACGGGGACUGAAGGCUCACCAGUUGAGGCAUGCUGGAGAAAAGCCUUUUGCUUGCGAACAUUGCGAGAAGACCCUCAAGUCAAAGAAAUACUUGCUUCAGCAUCUGGCCACACAUUCUGACGCGAAGCCCUAUGCCUGCGAGAUUUGCAACAAGACAUUUGGGCAAAAACGGGGACUGAAGGCUCACCAGUUGAGGCAUGCUGGAGAAAAGCCUUUUGCUUGCGAGGUUUUCGAUCAAAGUCUCCUUGAUGCAGCAUGA